GGAAGUUCCUGACAAUCAAAACACCAAAACAGAUGAAGGACCCUCUUCCAUAGAGAUUGACAUCCAGCGUGUCCCAACCACACCAUUCAUUGAGCAAUAUUCUUCACCAUCGUUGUACGCAGCAAACGAAACACCACUUCAAACGUCCAUGUCUUGGAUGCCAGCUCCGAGGCUUGCUAUGCAGAAUUUUGAACACGGAAGAAACCAGAGACUUCCAACGGUACAGUUAAAACUUUAAACGUGUAAUUGGCUAGCAUGCCGCGCCAUCGAUUCAGAAUACCGUAAAGGUGAUACAGUGGUAAAGCCUGGUUCACACUAGCAAUUCUGUGCGCGAUUUUCCCAUCCUGGCAAAUGCGAACGAGUGAAUGACACGCAAAAGACUUACACCUGUAUUCUAAAAGCUCACUCACACUCAAAGAGUGGAGGUUCAAUCUGAGCUUCCCUAGAGUGUCAGUGCUGCUUUAGGUACCACACUAACCCUCCAACUAUUCAAAAACAGCACCGACACUCAAGGGAAGCUCAGGUUAAACCUCCACUCUUUGAGUGUGAGUGCCUUGUAACAUAACAGCAGACUUGUAGCAAUGCUGUUUCAACAACUUGUCAAACAGGAUGUGUUCGCACUGCUUGUUUCCAGCUUGUUGACAAGUUGUCAACGGCUUGUUAUCACCUUGUUGCAAGGUUGUUGAGCUCAACAAACUUGUUACAAGUUGUUCCAACAACUUGUUAUCGUCCUGCAAUUCAACAAUUUGUCAACAAGUUGUGAGUGAUAAUCUUGUAGCAACUUGAUAAAAUAACAGCAUUGUUACAACUUGUUGACAAGCUUGCUACAAGCCUGCUGCGAACACACCUUGUUGACAAGUUGUGAGACAUUUACGUGUAUGUGUAUGUGUAUGAGGUUGUGUCGCUCCAUGGCUCACUACCUGUUUCAGCCAUGCGCAACGUUAUAAAAUACUGUAAUUUUUUCUAUAGAACGUUUACAGUGACAGUGAACUUUGGUCUACGAACACCAUACCAGCGCAAGAAUUCCAAGACAAUCCUAGUGGCACGACAAUUGAAGACCAUUUGUAUCCAUAUUGA